AGAGACAGAUUGAUUGAUGUUCUUAUCCAUUGAUUUUCUCUCCAAGUGGCUGCAAUAGCCAAGGUUCUGCCAGGCUGAAGCCAAGAACCUAGAGCUGCUUCUGGAUCUCCCACAUCCAGUCCCUUUGUGGAACUUCUGAACACCUUUUAUUAGUGAAGGCAUUUUCUACACAAUGAAGCUAACAACUUAAUUUAAACAAGUGUUUAUGUGGUUCUGCUUCAUCUGCUAUGGUUCACGGCGCUUGAGAUCUCAGGAGUACCGGAUCUUUUGCAAUGACAAUAUGACUAAUAGUAAAGGAAGAUCUCUUACUAAUAAAACAAAUGGUGGUUUAGGUAGUGGAGGAGGCUGUGUAGACUGGACUUUAAAUUUAAACACAAUUCAGUCUGAUAAGUUUUUAAACUUACUGUUGAGUAUGGUUCCAGUAAUUUACCAGAAAAAUCAAGAAGAGAGGCACAAAAAAGCAAAUGGCAUUUGGCAAGAUGGACUAUCAGUGGCAACACAGACUUUUAGCAAUAGAUCUGAGCAACACAUGGAAUACCACGGUUUCUCAGAACAGUCUUUUCACGGUAAUAAUGGACAUAUACCAUCAGGUUGUAGCCAAAAGUAUGAUGACUAUGCCAACUAUAAUUACUGUGAUGGGAGAGAGACUUCAGAAACUACUGCCAUGUUACAAGAUGAGGAUAUAUCUAGUGACGGGGAUGAGGAUGUCAUUGUGGAAGCAAGCCCAAAAUUACCGAGAGAGUCCAGUGGCAUCAUGGCAUUGCAGAUACUUGUGCCGUUUUUGCUGGCUGGCUUUGGAACAGUUUCAGCUGGCAUGGUUUUGGAUAUAGUACAGCACUGGGAGGUGUUCAAAAAAGUUACAGAAGUUUUCAUUUUAGUUCCUGCGCUCCUUGGUCUCAAAGGGAACUUGGAAAUGACAUUGGCAUCCAGAUUAUCCACUGCAGUAAAUAUUGGGAAGAUGGAUUCACCCAUUGAAAAGUGGAAUCUAAUAAUUGGCAACUUGGCUUUAAAGCAGGUGCAGGCAACAGUCGUUGGUUUUCUAGCAGCUGUGGCCGCAAUUAUACUGGGCUGGAUUCCAGAAGGAAAAUACUACCUUGAUCAUUCCAUACUUCUGUGCUCCAGCAGCGUGGCAACUGCCUUCAUCGCAUCUCUCCUGCAGGGAAUAAUAAUGGUUGGGGUUAUCGUUGGUUCAAAGAAGACUGGUAUCAAUCCUGAUAAUGUUGCUACACCCAUUGCAGCUAGUUUUGGUGACCUUAUAACUCUGGCCAUAUUAGCUUGGAUAAGUCAAGGCUUGUAUUCCUGUCUUGAGAAUUAUUACUACAUUUCUCCACUAGUUGGUGUGAUUUUCUUAGCUCUAACUCCUCUAUGGAUUAUAGUAGCUGCCAAACACCCAGCCACAAGGACAGUUCUGCACUCGGGCUGGGAGCCCGUCAUAACUGCCAUGGUUAUAAGCAGCAUUGGAGGCCUUAUUCUGGAUACAACUGUAUCUGACCCAAACUUGGUUGGCAUUGUUGUUUACACGCCUGUCAUUAAUGGUAUUGGUGGCAAUUUGGUGGCCAUUCAAGCUAGCAGGAUUUCAACCUACCUCCAUUUACAUAGCAUCCCAGGAGAACUGCCUGAUGAACCCAAAGGCUGUUACUACCCAUUUAGAACAUUUUUUGGUCCAGGAGUAAAUAAUAAGUCUGCCCAAGUUCUGCUGCUUUUAGUGAUUCCUGGACAUUUAAUAUUCCUCUACACUAUUCAUUUGAUGAAAAGUGGUCAUACGUCUUUAACUGUAAUCUUCAUAGUUGUAUACUUAUUUGCUGCUGUUUUACAGGUAUUUACCUUGCUGUGGAUUGCUGACUGGAUGGUCCACCACUUCUGGAGGAAAGGAAAGGACCCGGAUAGUUUCUCUAUCCCUUACCUAACGGCGUUGGGUGAUCUGCUUGGGACAGCUCUGUUGGCCUUAAGUUUUCAUUUUCUUUGGCUCAUUGGAGAUCGAGAUGGAGAUGUUGGAGACUAAUCAAUCCUACAAACUGCUUCCAAAUUACCAAGGAGGAAGACACAAGACAACCACUUCUGGCUCUCUUUCAAAACUCUUAAAUCAGUAAUUUGAUUUUUGCCAGGGUAAUCUUCAGUUGGCCCUGAGAUUCAAUUAAAUGGCCUUAACUUUUUUUUUUUAAGGAAUUUGUGUUGAAACCACAAUGAAUAUUAUUUGUGCUGCUUUUUGUAGAAUAAAUUAUCAUUUGACAUAGACAUAGAUACAUGUUCCAACUUUGAAAUUAAUUAAAUAUGAAAAAAUUUGAAUGUUUGACAAUGAAUAAUUUUAAAACCACAGAUACAGCAGAAAUGUACUUUCUUAUUGUCCAACUGGUAACGCAAGGUUAGAGGAAACUGUGCUCUAGCUCUUAGUGUAGCUGUUUCGUCUCACAGGUGUGUUAACUGUAAAGCAGACUGUCACAUGAAAGGUGCCAGCCAAGGUUUUAGUAUUUUUAAGUACGCUUACCUCUGUGCUCACCGAGGAUAAAUUCACCAACUACUUGUUCCUAAACUGACCAAAAUAAUUCUGCUGAGCACAAGGUAAACUCACUUUUACCUGCGUCUAAAAGUACCCUGUGCUAAUGCUAACUCAAUUUCAACUCUGCCAACUUCUUGGCAGGCUGCCCUUUAAACAUAGAAUGAUCUUGAGAGAUCAUUAAUGAAAGCAGUAAGCCAUUUUAAAUUAUUGAUUUGUUGAAUAAAAAGUUGGUAUUUUUCAAACAACCUGAUAGUCAAAAGCAGAAGAUACCCUAAGCUGCAUUUGUAGAAAUAAAAUGAUAUGAGAAAUUUUGUGUGUGUGAGAGAGAGGCCUUUGCUAAAAAAUGAAAUCUUGGAUAGUAAAGAUGGUAGCGCUGCUGGAACAUCAGCAUUAUAGGGUGAUUCUUAAACAGGUUUUAUUUGUAUGCUUUCAUCAUUUGGUCCAAAACUGUUGCUGCCAACCAGAAUUUAGUAUUUGUUACCUAUGUUGUAAUUAACAGUUCCUUCUUAUUUACAAAAAACUGUUUAAUCAAGUUUUAAGAUUGAGAAUGACUAAGUGAUUUGUUUGUACUUUUAAGGAAGCCUGUCAUUUACCCUUUUAAAAGAGAAGUUGGUGAGUUCCCUCGCUUAUUGUUCAUGGCUACACUUAUCAUCUGUUUGCAUAUGGGACACUAGCAUAUACACUGUUCCACUUCUCAGUUAUUUUUCUAAAAUUUGGCCCAAUAUGCUAAAUAACCAACACUUUGGUUAUUCAGUAGAUAAGCAUUUUCAUAUCACAUAUAGUUCAUUUCUUAAAAUGCGGUACAAUCUCUAAAAACCAUUAGAUAUUUAAUAAUUUAAAACUGAAAAGGGAAGAAUAAAACAUGCACAUUAACUUUGAUCAUGGUUUCAGUUGUGUUAGUGUUAUAUAAACAGUAGGUUGUUCAUAAAUAUAUUGGAAGUAUUCUUUCUAAGCUCUUCAAAGGGGCUGUAGUUUAGAGUUAUAUAUUUUUGCUUAUUUUUUAACUUUAAUUAUUCCAUCAUUCUGCCUGAUAAUUAAGCUUUAAGGCAGAGAACUGAACUAAUUCUACAAUUUCUCCUUUGGAGAGUUAAAUGUCACAUAGUGAACAUUCUUAUAAAAGAAAGAAUGGUUACAUUUAAGUUGAUGAAUACUUAGCUGCAAAGAUUUUUUUAAUUUUUUAUGAAAUCCAUGAGUGAGGUCUUUGAUUUUAUUGUAAACCACUUAUUUAUAUUUGGUCUGUGUGAUUUACAAUCAUUUACAUUUCCCAAUGAUUUCUGUUUUAACACCAAAAAAAAAAAAAGCAGAGCAAGUUACAUCAUUAAAGCAUUAACCAAUCAACAACUGGUAAAGUGCAUAUUCUGAAGCACAUUCGGACACAUUAUGUCACUUAGUAUUCCUGUCUAUUUCACAGCGCAGAAAACUGAAACUCGGAGUCGUUACUUUUGUAAUAUGUAUAGCUGCAAAGUGACUGUGUUGUGAAGUCCCUAAAGUCCAGUCUUCUGGGCCAGGCUUCUUGUUAUAUACAUCUGUGAUCCUCUAAGUACACAGAGAGAAACCAAUUGGAGAAGCAGAGUUUUCUAAAAAUCAAAGAGUAUCACUAUAUCUUUCAGAUUUCAGAUUGAGAAACUUCUGUUAAAUUUUUCUUCACAGUAAGGAUAGCCAACCCUAAAUUAUUUGUACUCUAAGAUCAAGGAAAACAAGAAUAUUUUAUAAAAUAGUUUCCAUUUUUUACACAUUAAAUCUUUGGAAUAAAGAAUCAUGCCUUGUUUCAUAGAACAUAUCAUUGUCACCGUUCUUUUCAGAUCUUGCCAUUUGCUAUAAGUGAUAACAAAACUAGUAUUACAGUCCAAGUGUUGGCCUUUGUCUUUUGCUGUUCAACCUUGGUUAGAGCAACAAAAAGUCUGAAAGGUGUGUAAGGACAAAAGGGAAAAUUAGUGACUGAUUAGCUGAAUUAACUAUGAAAGCGAUGUAGAUUCCUUUUUAAAAAGUAUUACCUUUUGAAAGCCUUCCCAUAUGCGUGUAACCAAUAAGGUGACUUCUUUUUAUUUGCCCACAAAAAUAAUUUAUUAUCAGUCUUAUAUGUAAAUCUACAGUAUUUAUUUUUAUACACCAUAGAAACUCUUGUUUUCUGGACUUCUUCCUUUCACUAAUUUAUGAGACACUUCAUUUACAUAUAGAUAACCUUUUCAGGACAUUUUUCACUGUUGCCCACCAGCCAUUUUUUUUCUUUGGGAAAUAAAGUUUCUUAGGGCCUGAUAAAAUGAAAAAUUAAAGUAAUGUAGCUUCUGGGAGACAUCAAAAAGUUCCACACCAUAGACUGUCAAUGACAUAGCCAAAUAAAUGAAAUAGAGGUUUAAAAGUCUUUCAGUAAUUGGGCUUUCUCGCCUUACCAUGUAUCUGUUGUAUAGAACACCCAUUUAAAGUGGGUGUCUACCACCUUUGAAUUGUUGUAGACUCCAAUAAGAAUAAACUUUGAGAAAUAUUUA